UUUUCGUGGUAGAAAACAAAAUUUAAAUUGUGACAAGCAGCUAUCCAAUAUGGCCACCCAAAGAAAUUCACCUUUUUUUAUCGUGGUGUUGGUUAAAGGUCGUGCUAUUCGAGCACUUGCACUGCUCGACUUGGUCCGUUCGGUUGUUUAUAUCCUUUCUUCAUUCGCUUUUAGUUUCCCGCUAGGCAGCACGUUAUUGCGUUCGGUGGUUUGAGAAAAGCAAUUUUACACUGACUUAUAAUUGCCGACUGUAACUUAUAUGUUAUGGAACAACAUCCACUACAAUGGUACAACAUCCAAUGUAAAAACAACUUAUUUACAAUCGAAUCGUGCUGCGCGUGAAUGUGCGUUUGCGUGUGUGUAGGCCCCUUAAGAACGGUGGUGUUUAGGUUGCUUGAGCUAAUCUCGUUGGCCUACUAAAACCAGGAAGUGUCAACUAAAAAGGACUAAAAUAUCGCUAGUAAUCGAUCCAGUUACGGUUGUAGGCGCCUGCUUGCCGAUUUGUUUCCAUAAUGCCAAGAAAACCGUCCAGCUGCCGCGUGAAUGUUUCAUAGCGGCCAUCGUAGCCCAAAAGCAGGAAGACAGACCUAGAGAAGGCACCCAUCCGAGAGUGUGAAGUUGAACGCACAAGCAGUUGUAAGCCACAAGUUUCGUAAAGUUGUGGUGAAUGAAGCAAAGAGAACGAACAUCGACCUGUUUGCUGCUUAGUUACGAUACAGUAAGAUUAUUCGCUAAACGUACUGUGUAACAAUCAACAAUCAAAACAGUGCUGAAACGUGUAGGAAAACACAAACUAUUAAAAACAGCUCAAAGCGAAAUAGUGCGGAAAACAUUCAGCUAUCCACGAUCGUCAACCAGCAAUCAAUUUGUGAAGCAACGCGAUAAAGAAAUGUCUGUUGACGAUUUCUUUUAGAACCCGAACGUGGUAACACGCAACAGCGCUAAACAGUCGAAGAUACGGACACGUGCGCAACAAGCAGCAUUCGAGACGGAGAAGGAAGAACGCAGGGUCAAGUUUUUCGGUGGCUAUCGGAUGACCGGCAAAGGUAGUAUAGCGGAAGCGAAAAAACAGGGCAAACUGAGGAUGUCCGCCAACGAUACCGAGCAGCGAAAAAGCUCCGACUUUACCGAUGUGCAGCUGAAGGACAUCUUUCACAAUGCGCAGAGCGUGUGUAAUGUUGAGCGCGGUACAACCGGCAUCCUGUACGACGAUCGUUUCGCACUGCAUCGCUGUCUGUGGGAUAGCAACUAUCCGGAAUGUCCCGAACGGUAUCUGCGCGUCAUGGAACGGUUCGCGAUGGUACAGCUGGUGGAACGGUGCCAGUUCCUAGCAACGCGGCUAGCCACGAAGGCAGAGAUUCUGAUGAAGCAUACGGAGGAACAGAUAGCGAUUCUAGCGAAAACGCACGGCUCGCAGGAUGAGACAGAGCUAGAGCGAUUAAGCUCACAGUACGAUGCAAUCUUCAUCCAUCCGACGUCAUACGAGACGAGCCUGUUAGCGGUAGGAAGCACGAUAGAGCUCGUCGAUAGCGUAUGGAAUGGUACGGUGCAGAACGGAAUGGCCAUACUGCGACCACCGGGACAUCACGCAAUGACGGCAGAAUAUAAUGGCUACUGCUUCUUCAACAAUGUUGCCAUUGCGGCCCAGCACGCACUGGACAAUCUCGGCGCGCGUAAGAUACUGAUCGUUGACUGGGACGUUCAUCACGGUCAGGGUACGCAACGGAUGUUUUAUUCCGAUCCGAGAGUGUUGUACUUUUCAAUUCAUCGCUACGAGCAUGGUACAUUUUGGCCCAAUCUGCGCGAAUCCGAUUUCGACUACAUCGGUGAGGGUAAGGGUGAGGGAUACAAUUUUAACGUACCGCUUAAUAAGACCGGCAUGACGAAUGGUGAUUAUCUUGCGAUCUGGCAGCAAAUUCUACUACCAGUAGCAGCAGAGUUCCAACCGGAGCUGAUAAUAGUAUCAGCCGGCUACGACGCUGCGUACGGAUGUCCAGAGGGCUGUAUGGAAAUAACGCCAGCAUUCUACUCACACCUGCUAAGUCCGUUGCUCUCACUAGCUCAGGGACGCGUGGCGGUCGUGAUGGAGGGUGGCUACUGUCUUGAAUCACUGGCCGAAGGAUGUACACUCACCCUCAAGACACUGCUGGGCGAUCCGUGUCCCAGGCUGGUGGAAAAGCUACAACCACCAUCGGAAAGCAUGCAAGCGUCCAUCCUGAACUGCAUAUACAGCCACCGGAAGCACUGGAAGUGUCUUCAGUUUUAUGAACUAUACGACUUGGAAGACUACAACAACACGAAUCCGCAAGAUAACUUCCACAAGGUGAUCAAACACUACAUUCCACCGGAACCACCUGCCCAGCCGGGGCUGUACGAAACGCGCAACUGCUAUCCGGUACAGUCGGACGGCGAGCGCACACGCAUCCGGGAGCAUCUGCAGCGGUUGCGCUUCAACACGGAUCUGACCGUGCCACCGAGCCGCGUAUGCUUCGUCUACGACGAGCUAAUGCUGGAACAUCAGAACAGCCAGGAAAAGUGGCACCCGGAGCAACCGGAACGUAUCGCAAAGAUAAUGCAGCGUGUAUCGAUCGAUUAUGAGCUGGCAAAGCGGAUGCAGCGGGUAGCAGGACGGCUUGCCACGACGGAGGAACUGUGCCUGGUGCACGAUCCGAAACAUGUGCAGCUGAUCGAGCAGCUGUCCACGGACACGUUGAAGCAAACGGCCGACCAGUACAACUCGAUCUACUUCCAUCCGAGCACGAACGCUAGCGCCCGAAUGGCGGCCGGUUCCGUGCUGGAGGUGGUGUCGGAGGUACUCAGUGGCCGCGUCCGAUCCGGCGUGUGUAUCGUACGUCCGCCCGGGCAUCAUGCAGAAUCGGACACACCGCACGGUUUUUGCAUCUUCAACAAUAUUGCCGUGGCAGCGCGACAAGCAGUGGAACAUUAUGGAUUGCGCCGGGUGCUGAUCGUUGACUGGGACGUACAUCAUGGCAACGGGACGCAGCACAUCUUCGAGAAUGAUCCGCGCGUGCUGUACAUUUCCGUGCACCGGUACGACAAUGGUUCGUUCUUCCCGAACAGUACCGAUGCGAACUACACCGUCGUCGGUAGUGGACCGGGCGAAGGUUUUAACGUAAACAUUCCCUGGAACCGGAAGGGUAUGGGCGAUCAGGAGUACGUCGCAGCGUUCCAUUCGAUCAUUCUCCCGAUAGCGUACGAGUUCGAUCCGGAGCUGGUGCUUGUGUCGGCCGGUUUCGAUGCGGCCAUCGGUGAUCCGCUCGGUGGUUGCCGCGUUACACCGGAAGCGUACGGCCACUUUACCCACUGGCUGUCCGCACUGGCAGGUGGCCGGAUAGUGGUUUGUCUCGAGGGUGGUUACAACGUUAACUCCAUCUCACACGCGAUGGCAAUGUGCACGAAGGCACUGCUCGGCGAUCCGUUACCGAUGUUGUUAGCGGGUAGUUCCCGUACCACCACCGGUCCGAAUGGGUCCUGCUUCGAAACGCUGCGAAGUGUACUAACGGUGCAGCAAAAGUAUUGGCGUUCGCUGUGCUUCAACAAGAAGCUACCGAGCUGUCAACCGCUCUCGGACGGUGCGCAAACGGGCGAAUUGAUUGCCGCUCUCGACACGAUGAGUCUGAACGAUCCGGAAUCUUCCAAACAAUCACCACAAUCCGCCACCACGCCUUCGUCAUCAUCCACGUCCGAUGCGGUCGGAUCAUGCAGCGACGAACCGUCCAGCUCAUCAUCUGGUGCGUCCCGCAAACAAGGACCAACGUUAACGGAAUUUUUAGAAGCUAAUCUAGAGGCAUUACAAAAUGAAGAAAUGUUCGCUGUUGUACCGCGCAGAAACUGUCCACACCUGAAGCUACUUCGUCCGGAAAGGGCGCCGUCUUCCAUCGACACACAAACGCCGUGCAGUGAGUGUGGCGCAGAGGUGGAAAAUUGGAUCUGCUUACUGUGCUACGGCGUGUACUGUGGACGGUACGUCCAGGAGCAUAUGUUGCGGCACGGUACCGAAACGGUGGACCAUCCGCUAGCGCUUAGCUUUACCGAUCUGUCCGUCUGGUGCUACGGUUGCGAUGCGUACAUCGAUCAUCCGGCUUUGCAUCAUUUCAAGAAUUUGGUGCAUCUAGACAAAUUUCAGGAACCGCUCGUAUGGUCGUACGGUAGCGAUCUGGUGCUGGAUGUGGUCAAUGCCGGCGCAGGCAGCAGCAACCAAAGCCGGAAGGGUGACUGAUAUUGGCCGGACAUCUCGAAGAUUAUCUUUCGAGUGCUCGUGCUGUUCUUGCUGAAACACAUUCUCGUUGGAUAUUUCAAGUAGCAUGCGUAAGGGGCGCGUAGACCGUGCCGUGCGCAGUCAAAUUAGAGGAUAGCAAGCCGGAAGGCAGUUCUUGUCAUGUAUAGUUUUUAAUUUAUAACAGGUUUUUUUCUAAUUGUGGUUAGGUGUAAUACCCUUUCUUAUACAGGGUUUACAGGGUUUUCGAUGGUUAUAUUGAUAUGCUCUUUGAAAUGUUUUGUUCAGUUGCUAAUGAAUUGUACAGAAGAUGGCGAUUGGCUUGUUCAACAAAUUUAAAAAAGCACAGCAGCAUUGAAUCCUCAAUAGAUUUUGUUGAACAUAUCAACACCUUCUUCCGUACAAUUUAAAAAACUCGCUAAAAGAGUUUAUUUUAUGCUCGAAUAAAACAACAACUCGGUCAGCGUGUCAAUCAUACCAUCGAAAUCCUACAGUUCCGUUGAGUACCAAAUGCCCCCAAAAAUAAUUUUAAAGAUACAUCCUUGAGAGAGGAACAACUAUUUAUCUAUUAACAUCGUGCAGUGAGGAAUCGAUUUUUUGUUUUCCAAUUUCCAAAAGCUAUGGAUCGGAAUUUCCAAUGAUCCAACAUCGGUAUACAUUUGUUGGGGUUUUCCACCCCGUUACACAUCUGCACAGUUUGCUAUUCUACUUCGAAAUUAGAUCAGGGAUUAACAUUAUUAUAAAAAGAAAAAUAUCAUAAGUGUUACAGAGCUGUUCAGUGAUGGGGCUUGGCUAUCCGUUUGUUUCGGGAACGUUCGUGUCGGUUGCAAACAGUUAUUUUACGUUCAUUUUUGAUUCAAUUUCGCGUCCUAGGAUAGUGAAUUGAAAAUGAGUUAUCACGUUGACUUUUUUUUUGCCCUGCACAAUAAUUUUAUGAAUGUAAAAGCUUUUUAAUUCAGUAUUGAAGGAUCCUAAUCAAUUUUUUAAAUGAAUGUUUUUGAGUAGUUUUGCUAUUUAUUUCGAGUUUUUGGAUUUGUUUUUAAGGUGUAUGCAUGUUUUGAAUUGUUACUAAAUGACAACGAAAGCAACAAGAUUUAAGUAACAUUUCAUUUUUCAACUCAUGGGUCAGAAGCAAUAUAAAUUAGGAUUUUAUAUUUGUUUUUUUUUCUUUUUUAAAUUUUGUUUAAAUAACAUUGUGCGUGAGAGCUAGAUUAAUGGUUAAAGAAGGACGAGGAAAACAAAAGAGAGCAGAAAGGAAAUGAUUAAACUAUUUGCUAUUAAUUUAUUUUGAAGUGAUCAACGAACGUACCUGAAACGAACGAAACCAAGCAUACCUCUGAUUAAGCUAUAUUAACAAUAUUAAUACACAACAAGUACCGAUAGCGUAGGAUGAGAUAGUAAAGUAGAGAAAGCAAAUCGUAAAUAAUGUUAUGCUGUUGUACAAAUCAAUCUUAUAAUAAUGGGGCAACUUUUAAACAAUUCAAUCUUAAUGUGUGCUUUUCGAGUUACAAAAAUCUUUCACCUUCUCCGGAGAUCAUGCAAACCUACCAUUAGGGUGGAUAACUGUGUAGUGUUCGUAAUAGGUUGGACGCAUUGUAUUUUGUGUACCAUUUGUGCCUCUCCAUCACAGACAGCACCGUUCAGUUGAUCUACCCAUAAUGACAGAUUUCAUGCGUGAUAUCUAUGCUGCUACAGUACUAUUAUUUCGGUGCUCAGUAAAAGCCGGAUAGAGUUAACACAUUAGGCUAUUAGAGAUGUCCAACAAUCGAACACACUGUUGUGGACACGUGUUUGCUCCUUUAUGCCACAGUUAAUUUCAGUACAACGCUCUGUUUUUACCAGUAAAAUGUUCGAACCAAUUUAUGUACAAUACGAUAUCUAGCUGAAGGCACGAAAGGAAAGCGUUCUAGCGUUCUAGAGCAGAAGAAGAAAGUGAAUGUGAGUAAUAGUUAUCCCUCAGGCCAUUCCAUGUUCGCUAUUUAGCAGUGUACUAGAAUUUAGAUGAUUGAUGCGUUUGAUCUACAUGUUUGUUUUGCGUAGUUUUUUUUUGUUCUGUUAAAAUUCGUGUUGAAACUAUGAGCUAGAAGCAGGUGUGUUAGGUUUCGCGACGAUGCUAGGUUUUCGUAAAGGAUAACGCAACCGUGAACAGAAGACGGAAAGGUAGUUAAAGAUAUGUAUGUUGAUUGUAUACAAUAUUAACACAAGGCAACUAAUCAAAA